CACUAGGCUGGUCUCCGGUGACUCCCAGACCUGAGUCUCAAAACCUUUGAGAAAGCCUGUAGUGCUGUGGGUCCGGGCGUCCGGGUCCUGGGCGUGUCGGGUGUCCAGCUGCAGCCGGGGUCCUCGCAGCCGGCCUGGAGGGGCGCACCGCAACCCUGUGGGGAUGGAACGGACCGAGCUGUUGAAGCCGAGGACCCUGGCCGACCUCAUCCGCAUCCUGCAUGAGCUCUUCGCGGGCGACGAGGUCAAUGUGGAGGAGGUGCAGGCUGUUCUGGAAGCCUACGAGAGCAAUCCCGCCGAGUGGGCUUUGUACGCCAAAUUCGACCAGUACAGGUAUACUCGAAAUCUUGUGGAUCAAGGAAAUGGAAAGUUUAAUCUGAUGAUUCUAUGCUGGGGUGAAGGACACGGCAGCAGUAUUCACGAUCACACGGAUUCCCACUGCUUUUUGAAGAUGCUGCAAGGAAACCUAAAGGAGACAUUGUUUGCCUGGCCUGACAAAAAAUCAAAUGAGAUGAUCAAGAAGUCAGAAAGGACCUUGAGGGAAAACCAGUGUGCCUACAUUAAUGAUUCCAUUGGAUUACAUCGAGUAGAGAAUGUCAGCCACACAGAGCCUGCUGUGAGCCUUCACUUGUACAGUCCACCAUUCGAUACAUGCCAUGCCUUUGAUCAAAGAACAGGACACAAGAACAAAGUCACUAUGACAUUCCACAGCAAAUUUGGAAUCAGGACUCCAUUUCCAACUUCAGGAUCGCUGGAGAACAACUAAGACAUACCAAGCCCUGUGAAGUUUUGCUUCCGGGUCCUCUGAAUGUUUACCUUGGGCAGAGAGGCCACCCACCAUUUGCUGUCCAGUAACACAGUUAAAUAAAGCCCGUGCUUGGCUCUCCAAGUGUCGCCAAGUGGUGUCCUGAGCUAUGCAGGAGAAAAUCCCACUAAAGAAAAAGUCUCGCGAUUUUUAAUGGUCAAAUCACAUUGCCCUGAGUUCUUCUGUCCUCUAACCCAUGGAAACUCUACUGGGGGCUAUCAGUGGGGGCAUUUCAGCCUUUGGUAACUCUCUGGUGUCCAAGCUGUAAUAAGCAAAAGUAAAAUGUCUGUUUUGAUAUACCUGGAAGACUAAAUGUAGAAACCUUUAAUAUACUUUGUAUGUUCGUAAUAUUUGACAAGAAUUUUUUUAAUCUGGAUUUUAUUUUUUCAAGCCUAUUUGACAGAUUUCUACACUGUGGAGAAUAGGGAAGCAUAUAGCAGUAUGGUAGUGAACAGCAGUGAGUUUAGAAAUGUACCUGUACCCAGACCUCCUGCAAACAGAAACCUGAAACUGUGUUUAAUGUGUCCCCCUUUGUACUGUCACCAAAAUUGCCAAACAACUUUAAUAAAACUGGAUUUGAGAAG